GAACCCAAUCUGCACACCGGGGACUUCACCUUCCAGUGGGUGAGCUCUCCUGACCUGCGGCCAAGCCUGCGCUCCAGAGACACCCGCUCGCGUAUCUGCCUGUUCCCCAGCAGGGUCGGGCAGAGCCGGCUGGACCCGCCCCAAGCUCCAUGGUUUGCUCAGCCCUGCGCGAUGGUGACUUCGGGCGCGGAGGGUGGCGAUGGACGAAGCCGCCGAUCGCAGCAUGAAGGCGGCACCGAGCGUGGCCGGCAGCCGGCGGGGACUGUCUCCCCGACCUCCACGCCCGGAGAAGCGGCCCAACCACCUGAACCCGGAAAACGCCAACAAGUAGUUUCCCUUCGCAGAAGGGCGGCUCAGGCUGGCCGCCCAGAUUCAAUCCUGCUGCCCAGAGAACCUCGUCCGCUCCGAGACACCGAAGCAGAACCACUUUCCUCUCGGGUUCCUUAAGUCAUGUCUGAGCCACAGAGAUGGGCAAGAUCGAGAACAACGAGAGGGUGAUCCUCAACGUCGGGGGCACCCGGCACGAAACCUACCGCAGCACCCUCAAGACCCUGCCCGGGACGCGCCUGGCGCUGCUGGCCUCCUCCGAGCCCCAGGGCGAUUGUCUGACCGACAAGCUGCAGCCCCUGCCCCCUCCCCUGACGCCUCUGACCCCUGGCCCCGGUGGUGGCGGAGGUGGCGGCGGCGGCUGCUUCGAGGGCGCGGGCAACUGCAGCUCCCAGGGUGGUAGCCACCUGCCCGGGGGCGGCCGCGAGUUCUUCUUCGAUCGGCACCCGGGUGUUUUCGCCUAUGUGCUCAACUACUACCGCACGGGUAAGCUACACUGCCCGGCCGACGUGUGCGGACCGCUCUUCGAGGAGGAGCUGGCCUUUUGGGGCAUCGACGAGACCGACGUGGAGCCCUGCUGCUGGAUGACCUACAGGCAGCACCGCGACGCCGAGGAGGCCCUGGACAUCUUCGAGACCCCGGACCUCAUCGGGGGCGACCCUGGCGACGAGGAGGACCUGGGGGCCAAGAGGCUGGGCAUCGAGGACGCGGCGGGGCUAGGCGGGCCCGACGGCAAGUCGGGCCGCUGGAGGAGGCUGCAGCCCCGCAUGUGGGCUCUUUUCGAGGACCCCUACUCAUCCCGAGCCGCCAGGUUCAUUGCUUUUGCUUCUUUAUUCUUCAUCUUGGUUUCCAUCACAACCUUUUGCCUGGAAACACACGAAGCUUUCAAUAUUGUUAAAAACAAGACGGAACCCGUCACCAACGGUACAAGCGUUGUUCCACAGUAUGAAAUCGAGACGGAUCCUGCCUUGACCUAUGUGGAAGGAGUGUGUGUAGUGUGGUUUACUUUUGAAUUUUUAGUCCGUAUUGUUUUUUCACCCAAUAAACUUGAGUUCGUCAAAAACCUUUUGAAUAUCAUUGACUUUGUGGCCAUCCUCCCGUUCUACUUGGAGGUGGGGCUGAGUGGGCUCUCAUCUAAAGCUGCUAAGGAUGUACUUGGCUUCCUCAGGGUGGUAAGGUUUGUGAGGAUCCUGAGAAUCUUCAAGCUCACCCGCCAUUUCGUCGGUUUGAGGGUGCUCGGACACACUCUUCGAGCUAGUACUAAUGAAUUUUUGCUGCUGAUCAUCUUUCUGGCUCUAGGAGUUUUGAUAUUUGCUACCAUGAUCUACUAUGCCGAGAGAGUAGGAGCUCAACCAAAUGACCCCUCGGCCAGUGAACACACACAAUUCAAGAACAUUCCCAUUGGGUUCUGGUGGGCUGUGGUGACCAUGACUACCCUGGGCUAUGGGGAUAUGUACCCCCAAACAUGGUCAGGGAUGCUGGUGGGAGCCUUGUGUGCUCUGGCUGGAGUGCUGACCAUAGCCAUGCCAGUGCCCGUCAUUGUCAACAAUUUUGGAAUGUACUACUCCUUGGCCAUGGCGAAGCAGAAACUUCCAAGAAAGAGAAAGAAGCACAUUCCUCCUGCCCCUCAGGCAAGCUCACCGACAUUUUGCAAGACAGAAUUGAAUACGGCCUGCAAUAGCACACAGAGUGACACUUGUCUGGGCAAAGACAAUCGACUUCUGGAACAUAAUAGAUCAGUGUUAUCAGGUGACGACAGUACAGGAAGUGAGCCGCCAUUAUCACCCCCAGAAAGGCUCCCCAUCAGACGCUCUAGUACCAGAGACAAAAACAGAAGAGGGGAAACAUGUUUCCUUCUGACGGCAGGUGAUUACACGUGCGCUUCUGAUGGAGGUAUCAGGAAAGUGUUGUACAGAAUUUAUCAUGGAUAUUUUUGACGGCUGAAAAAGGGACAGUGGAAUGUAGACAUGCCAAGGAUUUUUACUGGAAACAAUUGCUGCUGCUGACUGUGCUCUGAGGUGACCAGGUUGCUGUACUUACAAGCGGGCUCCCUUAUCUCCACGAAGCAUCUAAAGCUUGCAAUGGAACUGUGGCUGCAGCUGGCUUUGUGCUCCCACGUGAGCAUUCUGCUGGUAGACUGACCAGUAUCAGUAAACACCUGUAAAUACCAACACGUGUGCACGGGUCCACCACUUUGGUCACCGUUCAUCAAAGGAAGCCAAACUCACGAUCUAUGAAGUUUCAAGUGAGGCCCAGGCUUCUUCACAUUACCCCUAAUGGGCCCACUGUAGGGUGUGUUGUGAAUUAUACAAGGCAGUGAUACAGAUGUAUUCUAGACCUGUUUUAGUUUUUCUUGUUUCUACUUUAUGGGUAAGUUCUAGCAACAUUGACUGUAUCAUUCUCUUAUAAACUGUUUAUCAACUUGUCAUUUCUGUAAAGUUGUUUUUCUAUUUAUCAAAAGUGAUCCAAUUUUUAGUCAUAUAAUUUGUGUGGUUCUGGCAAUUUGUUAUAGUUUCAAAGAAUGUCACCAAUAGUCUUCAUACUUUAAGCCUUUCUGUCAUUGUUACCUCAAUUAUAAAUAUUAAGAAAUAUAAAAUUCUGGCAGUGAGAGUAUUUUUUUAAUAAAUGACCAAGAAAUAAUGUCAGUAUAUAGUGGAAUAUUAAUCAAAUUAUAUCCUAAGAUGUAUAUUUUGCAUAACAGAGAUAUUCUUCAAUCAAUUAAUUUUUGUGAGUUUUGUGGCAAAUGAAGCUUGUACUUGUCUUUAAAAUUGUUGUGGUUAAAACUGUAUUAGAAUUUUUCACAGUGCUUAUCAAUAUUUCCAGAAUAUCUUAGUUCCCCUGGGAUUCUGAAUAUAACAUAUAAACUAAUUAUGAACCCCUGUAUUGUGGAUCUUUCUGUGACCAUUUCAAGGUGCAUGCAUAACCUUGGCGAGAACGGACAGACAUGUAACUAAUUGAAAUGAAGAAUAAAAGGCAAAUGAACUGGGGACAAACUUGAAUCCUAUCUGAUUAAAUUAUUCA